AUGAAGACUGAGAUAACUAUUCUGUUGCUGUUUGUUUUUGUGUUUGUGUUCUCAUCAAAAUCAGUUGCAUCUUAUCCGGUGAUUGACGUCGAUGGUGACGAGCUCCGGCAAGGUCAAACAUAUUACGUUCUUCAUCAUUCCGCGGCACGGCUGGCUGUGACUUUCACUCCUAUGACAAUCGGGAGUGAUGCUGUAGUCGGACCAGAGGACCUAAACAUCAUGUCCAUUCCUUUUGAACCCAUACAUUGUAACGACUCAACAGUGUGGAAGAUUAAGCAGGCGAGUGGUGGUGUGGAAGGUGAUCCACUUGCUUUGUCUAGUCGAUUUCGUGUUAAGGCAUAUACAUUUGCCUAUUGUCCUUCAAAAUAUUUAUGCGGCGAGAUAGAAGUAUAUGAAGAGCGUGGUUUUCGCCAACGACGUCUAGUUCUUACCCGCUAUGGAUCGCAAUUCUUAUUUGUGAAAGCUGAGACUCUAAAACAACUUGUUGAUGUAUGA